CGUGGUAAUAAAGGAGUGAAUACGAAUGAAAAAAGUCUGUGGGUGGAUAUGAAAUGAAAGUCCGCCAUAUCUACACGUCUUUCCAAUAGUGACUUGACUUUCGUAUUAUUUUGUGUUAGAUAGCUCGGUUGUGUAGAUAUUUGUUUUAAUUUAAUUAAUUUUAGUUCGACCAGUGCACGGUACAUGGUGUUCGCGUAACUCGCAGACCUUCGCCGGAAGAUCACCAUGGAGUCCCCAAGAAAAUUCAACGAUUGUUACUUCUACUAUUAUUCCACAUGCACCAAGGGGGACAACUGUGUGUUCCGACAUGAGCCUUCAGCCCUGGGGUGCGAGACCAUGUGCUCGGCCUGGCAACAGGGCAAGUGCAUGGACAAACGGUGCAAACUCCGCCACAUGGAGCUCAGGAAAAACCGCAAGCAGAUCCCUUGCUACUGGGAGAACCAGCCGGGCGGCUGCCGCAAGAAGCACUGCCCGUUCAUGCACAAGAACCCGGACGCCCGCACCGACGGCAUCGCGCCCAGCCAGCCCGUCCCGCAGCAGCCCAUCGCGGGCGCGGCGGCGCCGCAGCCGCAGCCGCAGCCGCUGCCGCUCUUCUGGCAGCAGCAGCGGCAAGUAGUGCUGGACCCCGCGAUCCUGGACGCGCUGCCGGCGGUGGCGGGCGGGGCGGAGCUGCCGCUGCGGCGCCUGGUGGGCGGCGUGCCGCACGUGGGCGUCCACGCCCCGCACGCGCACGUGCACCAGCACGCCCACGACGCGCCCAACCCCUACCUCAGCCAGGACCAGCUCGUCGUCAACUUCGAGGAAGAGUCCGAUAACGAGAGCGCGCCUUCCUCCACGCCCACUAAGGCGGGUUCCUCGCCGCCACAAGACAAGCAGUCGCAGGAACUGUUACUUCUCGAGCGCAUACAGGCCGAGGCGGCCGCCUACUACAGCUACGAGAAUCUCCCAACCGACCCCCCUAAAGAUCGCAAGAUCAUCCGUACAAACCUCUCCACCAAGUACGACCGGCUCUCGCUCGACGAACUCGCAGGUAAACAGGCCACCGAGCGCCGCAGCUCGCUCGACUUCAAAAUACUCUCCCUGGACGAGAUCCGAGCUAGAAAAAAAAGCGACGCCAUCGUCCACAGCGCGCCCAUCACGCUCAAUCUAAGAAAAAGGAAAUUAUCUACGCAAGAAUCUGUCACGACCACCGGUGAUAAAAUCAUAAAGGUCGUCAGAAGUAAUUCUAUAGUUUACAAAAAGGUUGAUCAUAAUGCGCCUCCGGCUAACCAAUCUAAACCGGAACAGAGGCUCAGUGAAAGUAGCGACGUCAGCAGAAAGCGGACCUUAUCAGAGCUGAGCGACGUCUACGAGGUCCAAGUGGACGAAUUAGUAGACAACUGCCAUGAGUUCAAAAAAAUCAAACUAGCAGAGACCACCUCGAAGCCUAGACUAAUUAGAAAUAGGAGUAUUAAUAGCGAGGCUAAGGAGCCCGUGGCUAAGGCGGACGACUCAGACACAGAAGUACAAAUAGUAAGUAUCGAUAUAUCAGACUGCACAAAUGUAGAUUUAUCUUAUGAUGAAGACAAUAGUAAAACGGCAGAGUACGUAGAUGUUGUAGAUCUGAGUGAUGACGCGGACGAUUGCGAAGUCACGAUAUCAGACUACGACCUAGGUCUAAUAAAGAACGUUCCUGAUGUAGUCGCCAGUUGUCAAAAGAACUCCAAUUCGGAAAACAUUGAGAGAGAUCUUAUUAGUGACAUAGAUAAUAUUUUGGAUGACGUGUUAUGAUUUCGGAUUCUAGUCUUAAAUAUACGAAGAACGUACAAAUUUUUAGGUUUUAAGAUGUUAGUUAAAAGUUAGCAUAGGGAAUUUAAAUUAUAAGUGUUCAUACAAGUUACAACUUGUAUUGUUUUACAUCACUACAAAUUUAGUGUGUUUCUGAGAUUGUUAAUGCCAUUGAUGCAAUUUUUCUAUUGAAGUUUAGUUGUUAAAAUGAUAAGUUUAAUUUAUUGUGAUACGGAAAUGCAUGUUUUCGGAAAGUUAUGCUAGUAAAUUAGUGUUCUGUUCAACGAUGUAGCAAAAAUAUUGGCACUACUUUUUGAGCUACUUAACUCUUAUAUUCGUCGGGUGACAAGCAAAAGUCACUAACUAACACCAAA